UCCCGUGGAGUCGCGCGCUGUUUCUCUGAUCUUGAUAAUCUCGUGACGGACGGGGCAUUAAAAACUUUCCCCUGUUUGUGCUUCAUUGGGGUCUCUUGCGAUAGAGACGCGUGCUCUGUAAGCAUGGCCGGCAUUUGCAAAUCCUUGACUCAAGUUUUUAUAGUUUUUCUAGCGACUGUAAUCUCAGGAUUUACAACCAAGUCGCCGCAGAAAGACUUCUUGGAGAAUAUCGUUGCGGUUUAUGGAGAAAACGGUUCGCUGAAUCUCAAUGGCAUUAACAGUUUAUUGGAUGCAAUUGUACAGAAAAAACCGGCGGAUUUAAACAUUCCUGUGAAUGCUCAGUGUUUAUCCGGAGAAGAGAUCCUGGUCCACUAUGGGCUUAAGAACCUCACUUAUCUAACAGAAGAUCACCUGGUCCAGAUCUGUCCAGCCUUGCUCAACCAGGCGGUAUUGCCACCCUGUCCUCCAGAAACAUCAGGACUCAAUGACAUAAAACCUCACGUAUGGGGAUAUGGCUUUCUGGCUGUAACUAUUAUUAAUCUGGCUUCACUGCUGGGCCUGGCUCUCAUUCCCUUGACUAAAAAGUCCUACUUUCCCAAAGUGCUUACAUACUUCAUUGGUCUGGCUAUUGGCACGCUCUUCUCCAAUUCUGCUCUCCAACUUAUACCUGAGGCCCUCGGGUUCGACCCAAAAGUGGAUAAUUACGUUCCUCAAGCCAUCGGGAUUUUUGGCGGAUUCUACCUCCUGUACUUCACUGAGAAGAUACUGAAGAUAAUUCUUAAAACAGAUGAGCAUGGUCACGAACACAGUCACUUCCACCCCACAAAGAGUGUUCAACAAAAUGGUGUUACCAUUAUUGCAGAGACGGACUUCAGGUUUACCACCAACGAUAAGAACGGCAUAACCACCGAAGCUCAAGAAAAACAGGGGUCCUGCAAAUGGCUCAAAGGAAAACAGCUGGCCAAGGUCAAGACGGUGGCAUGGAUGAUCUCGCUGAGUGAUUCUCUACACAACUUCAUAGAUGGACUGGCUAUUGGAGCCUCGUUCACCGUGUCUAUUCUCAAUGGCUUUAGUACCUCUAUCGCAAUCGUCUGCGAGGAGUUUCCGCAUGAGCUGGGUGACUUUGUUAUCCUGCUGAAUUCGGGCUUGAGCGUUCCACAGGCCAUUUUCUUCAACCUGCUGUCUGCAAUGUCCUGCUACGUGGGUCUGGUUUUUGGCAUCCUGCUGGGCAGCACUUUUGCCCCCAAUGUGAUCUUUGCCCUUGCCGGCGGCAUGUUCCUCUACAUUUCCUUAGCAGAUAUGUUUCCAGAAAUGAACACGAUCGCCAGAGAACAAGUAAAAAACACGAAGGGAGCUGUCAUUUAUUUCAUGAUUCAAAACGCAGGACUUCUGACAGGAUUUUCUAUCAUUCUCCUCAUCACCAUGUAUGCAGGAGAUAUAAACCUAGGCUGAUUUCCUCAACAUCAGCAGUUUUCAACUGGUUAUGCCUCAGGAUCCAAAGUUUACAUUGGGCAUCAAGUGGCGACCCAGAAAAAUCAAAAGUAAACAAAAUGUAUUAGUAUUAGCAUAAACUGCAUUGAUCUAAAAUGCAGAAGUAUUAACAUGACGCAGGCUGAAUAGAUAAAUUGAUUUUGUACAUGCAUACAUAUGAAAUAAAAAGUGUGAUUUAGCAGCCUGACAAACAGAUAAAAUCAUGUCAGUGAAUUUGGGCCAAAAGAGUUGCAUAGCAUAGACAAUGCAUAGCAUUCGUCAAUGACAAAGAAAGGGGACCCCACCCUUUUAAAAAUAGCCAAGCUUAUUUAUUUUGCUUUCUGAACUAUGCACCAUUAUAUUGUUGAAUUGCAUUAUUUGCAUUGGAGCAGGCCCAUUUUUUGGGUCAAUUACCACACAAAAAUAUUGAAUUAUGUGCCUAUUCCAUUCUUAAAGAUACUCUCAUAUAAGUUAUUUAUUUGAGAAAAAACUACUUCAUUUCAUUUUUUAUAAAUCAUUUGUAUGGAAAAAACUUGAAAUCAUUAGAUGUAAAAUAAUUAUUAAGAUUGUUGAUGUGAAGUUGAUUAUUUUAACAUUCUGUACUGUUGUAAAUAAACUGAAUGGACCUAUUAAACUAGGUUAUGUAGAAGG